CCCACCUUUUAUUUGAGUGACGCCGCCCGAUCUCGGUUUCGGUGCGAACACUUCCGCGUUGUGUCGCGUCCUGCUCUCCGCGCCGAGGUCGCCGCCGUGGCACGCGACCACUCCGCGCUGUCAAGCGCUGCACCGCUAGCUUGCUGGGUCGCCGCCGCCGCCGCGCUAGCCUGUUAGCUGCUAAUGCUGUUUGUUUGUAGCCCCCCCCCGGUAGGCCGUAUUCGUGACACGGAGUUACGCGCGAUUCGGCGGCGCAGCAGCUCACGCGCGACGGCGCAGACGCUCCGAACGCGACGCAAAGUCACUUGGAGAAUAUCGAUCAGCCCCCUCGCGCCCCGGCGCCGAGUUGCGUCGCGAGCGGACGCGCUGCGUGCCGAGCUGUCACUGUCACCGCGCUGCGGAGCGCGAGGGGACAUGGCGGCGUCGCGACGCGGAGGCUAGCGACGCGGCUACAGCAGAGCUGUUUCGGGCAUUGGCCGUGCGGCUGCUCUGCGUCGACGAGAAGUGACGCUGUUGUUGACGUCGAGUGCUCGCUAGCUCAACCGCCGGCUAGCGGGUGUAGCUAAAUGGCUGCACAACUACCAGAAGGUGUCAAAUGACACGAGUGUUCUGUCGCUUCCGCUGCUGCUCGACACCUGGUGUGAUGUUUGAAACAGCCGUACACGGUGCGACCCCUCCGCCCUCCAUCAGUGUGUUGGAGUUUCCUUGCCCCCCCGCUCCGUCAGCGUGUCGCCGACAAGCUUCCAUCGGGAACUCGCCGCCUCACCAACUGAGAUAUGAUCACCCAAUCGGAUUAGACAACAGCUGCACGGCAACAAACAUAGAGUCGAGUGAGGAGUGUAAUGGCCUGAGGGGGUUCCCCCCAGUCCAACCUGCCCCUGCCAGGUCCAGCCUGCCUCACCUGUCUGCUCGGCCACUGCGACCCACCGCUGCGAUGGGAGACGGACUGGAGGCAGGCAGCAGCCAGAACCCUCCCUCUGCCCCACCACCCCUCCCCUUCAACCCCCCAGCACCUGAAACAUGGAACCCCUCCAGACCCAAGCGACAGACCAACCAGCUACAGUACCUGCUUAAAGUGGUGUUUAAGACAUUAUGGAAGCACCACUUUGCAUGGCCCUUCCAGGCUCCUGUAGAUGCCAUCGCACUCAAUUUGCCUGACUACUACAAGAUCAUCAAGACUCCAAUGGACAUGGGCACAAUCAAGAAACGCCUGGAGAGCAACUACUACUGGAACGCCCAGGAGUGUAUCCAAGACUUCAACACAAUGUUCACAAACUGCUACAUCUACAACAAGUCUGGGGACGAUAUCGUCCUGAUGGCGGAGAGCUUGGAAAAGCUCUUUCUCCAGAAGAUCACAGAGAUGCCGCAGGAGGAGAAAGAGAUCGCCGUGGUCACCAAGGGACGGCGCGGGGGCAGACGGGACUCAGCUCUGACAACAAAGUCGGAUUCAGGCCAAGACUCGUCGUCCCCCUCCAGCACCCCGCACACACGAGGCUUUUCGUCCCCACCGACCACCCCACAGACCCGUCCUGCACCCACCCCUCAAGGCCCUCCAACACUACCCCUGCCCCAGCUUUUGCCCCAGCUGCUGCCCCAGCUUCUGCCCCAACCCCUUCCUCAGCUUCUGCCCCAGCCUCUUCCCCAGCUUCUGCCCCAGCCCCUUCCCCAGCCUCUGCUCCAUUCUUUGCCCCAACAUCUGCCCCAACAUCUGCCCCAACAUCUGCCCCAACAUCUGCCCCAACAUCUGCCCCAACAUCUGCCCCAACAUCUGCCCCAACAUCUGCCCCAGCCUCUGCUCCACCCUCAGCCUCCCCCUCGUGUGCCUCCGACACCCACCUCCCACACCCACCUGGGAACCCCAUUCCCCCUUUCGACUCCAGAUGUCCUGGCCCAAGGCAUGACCUCUGUUCCCCCUCCUGCCCCGACACACCCAGGCCUCCAUCCCGUCCCGAUGCUGCAGAGCUCCCCUGCCCUUAUCAAGCAAAGGAAGAGCCAGAAGAGGAAAGCAGACACCACCACUCCCACAGCCAACGACCAGCUCAGCGAAUCGUCUCCCGUCUCCGCCGAGGCUCGGCCGCGGCGAGAGAGCAGUCGUCCGUUGAAGCAACCCAAAAGAGAAGCAUCGCAGCCGGACUCUCAGCAUCACCCGGGCGCUGGUCCGGAGACGGGAGGGACGGCGACGCCGAAGCGCCAGGAGCAGCUGCGUUCCUGCGCCCGACUGGUCAGAGAGAUGCUGUCCAAGAAGCACGUGGCGUACGCCUGGCCCUUCUACAAGCCCGUCGACGCCAAAGCUCUCGGCCUCCACGACUACCAUGACAUCAUCAAGCACCCCAUGGAUCUCAGUAGCAUCAAGAAAAAGCUAGACAACAAACAGUACAGAGAUGCUCAAGAGUUCGCCGCAGACAUGAGGAUGAUGUUCUCCAACUGUUACAAGUACAAUCCUCCGGACCACGACGUGGUCGGCAUGGCGCGCAAACUACAGGAUGUGUUUGAGAUGCGCUUCGCCAAAAUGCCCGACGAGCCAGAGGAGCCCAGCCCUGUUCCUACCCCGUCGUCGGCCCUCCACCCUGCCCCCUCCACUCGACAAGCCCCGCCUCUUUCCGUUGUGUCGGAAGACGACAGCUCCAGCUCCUCCGAGUCGGAGUCCUCGGGAGCGGACUCGGAACACGACAGGCAACACCGGUUGGCCGAGUUACAGGAACAGCUCAAAGCUGUCCACGAACAGCUGGCAGCGCUCUCCCAGCCGCCGGCCUGCAAGCCGAAGAAGAAAGAGAGGGAGAAGGAGAAGGAGAAGGAGAAGAAGGAGAAGGAGAAGGAGAAAGAGAAGGAGAAGGAGAAGAAGAAAGAAAAGCACAAGAAGAAGAUGGGAGCGGAGGAAACCGUGGAGGCACCUCCGCCCGUGAUGCUUCAGCCUCCGAAGAAAAGCAAGAGCAUCAAGGAGCCGAUCGUUGUGAAGAAGGAGAGGAAGAAGCCCGGUAAGAAAGAAGGCGUGAAGAGCAGCCGCCCGGCCGCGCCCCCUCCGCCCGGGCCGACCCCCCUCGUCCCCUCAGCCACUCUCGAAGCCGAGGAUGAAAUAGAUGUGUUCGGGGGCGCGUCCACCGAACGUGGCAAGCCGAUGUCGUACGAGGAGAAGCGCCAGCUCAGCCUGGACAUCAACAAGUUGCCCGGUGACAAACUGGGCCGCGUCGUGCACAUAAUCCAGACGCGGGAGCCGUCGCUGAAGAACUCCAACCCGGACGAGAUCGAGAUCGACUUUGAGACGCUGAAGCCCUCGACGCUGAGGGAGCUGGAGAAAUACGUCUCGAGCUGCCUCAAGAAGAAGAAAAGACCAUCAGUCGAGAAGCCUCUGGAAAUGACAAAUGUGACAAAGAUGAAGACGGGAUCUUCAUCCUCAGGCAGCAGCGACUCCUCUGACAGUGAAGACUCUGAGAAUGGGCUGGUUCCCAAACAGCAGAAGAAGAUCUCGACUAUUAAAGAACCGAAGAGGCCGCAUCAGCAGUCCCUCCUCAGCGCAAUCUGCCCAGUCCCUCCUCAGCCUCAGCCUCAGCCGCAGCCUCAGCUGCAGCCACAGCUUCAGCCUCAAGUCGUCCAGUCCAAACCCCAAUUCGUCCCCCCUCCCCCUGUCCCUGUCCCCGUCUCAGUCCCAGCUCUGGACCCCUCCCAGCUGCUGUCCUCAGGAUUUGAUCCCCUGGCCCACUUCAUGAACCCACACCUGACGCACUCAAACGCCGAGCCCAACCCCGCCAUCGCUGCUGCUGCCGGUGCCCCCGUCGCCUCUGGCCUCCUCAACACGAACACUUCCAGCGGCCAGACGCACACCGAGACGCAUCCCUUCCUAAACCAACAUCCCAUCAUACCCUCACCAGCGAUCCACAACGCACUUCCCCAGCAACCAUCGCGACCCAGCAACCGCGCUGCACCGCUUCCCCCCAAACCCCCGCAGCCUCCCCCGUCCUCCCUCCCCUCCCUGCCCCCGCCCCCUGCACCGCAGCUUCAGCCCUCGCUUCAGCCCUCGCUUCAGCCCUCGCUUCCCCUCGUGCUUCCCCAGCCCGUCCCCCGGCCGCGAGUGCCCUCGCCCGCGUCGCACGGCAUCUUGGGCACCCUGUCGGCGCAACCUCCCCAGGCGCUGCUGGAGGACGACGAGGAGCCGACGGCCCCCAGCUCCCAAACCCCGCCCCUCAGCCAGGUGCACACCUUCCUGCAGGCUCUACAGGCUCGGCCCAUCGCGCAGACCCAGCAGAUGCACACGCAUUCGCCCGUGCAGCUGGUGCCGUCGUUGCAGGCGCAGUCCAUGGCGUCGUCUGGCCCCCCCGCCCUGACGCAGAGACACAGCUCGGGCCAAGCCCUCAUGCAGCAGCCGUUCCCACACACGCACACGUCGACGUUGCAGCAGCAGAAGGGCGUGGCGCUGCAGCAGAAGGUACAACAGAUGCAGCAACAUCAACAACAGCCGUCGCCACGAAGUAAAGCGGAGCCUUUCUCAACAGGUUGCCUGCGUGAGAGCCCGUCUCCCCUGAUGAUGCAUUCUCCUCAGAUGCCUCAGUUCCACCCGGUGGGACACCAGUCGCCCCCACAGACCAAGAAACAUGAGCAGAGGUCCAACCUAGUCAAAGAGGAGAAGCCUUCCCAGUCGCCAGUUCUGCCCCCGUCGCCCUUCAGCCCCGCCAUGCGCGUGGAAACACACAAACCCGACAGCAAACACAGAUUGGAUCUGAAGCCACUGGAUGGUUCUCGCCCUGGUUCUCGCCUCCUGGACUCCCCGGCGGCGCCCUGCUCGCAGCAAGACAACAAGAUCAAGCAAGAGCCCAAAACCCCCAUCGCCCCGAAGAAGACACAGGACGUGAAGUUAAAGAACAUGGGCUCUUGGGCCAGCCUGGCUCAGCGGUCGCAGUCCACGCCGGCCUCCUCCGUUCGCUCCUCCAGCGACAGCUUCGAGCAGUUCAGACGGGUGGCGAGGGAAAAGGAGGAGAGAGAGCGACAGCUGAAGGCACAGGCGGAGCAGGCCAGGCGAGAGCAAGGAAAACUGCGCUGUAGCCGUGACGACGAGGACACGAUGGAGCAGGCUCGCCGAGUGCAAGAAGACACCCGUCGCCGGACGCAGGAGCAGCAGCAGCAGCAACAACAGCAACAGCAGCCGCCGCCGCCGCCGCCGCCGCUUGCUCCCACGCCUCCGGCCUCAACCCCACCCACCCACUCUCCACAGGCUCCACCCACGCAGCCACAACCCCCGCCCCCGUCCUCGUCAGCCGCACAGAACGCCCUCGACCAGCAGAGGGAGAUGGCGCGCCGCCGUGAGCAGGAGCGGCGCAGGAGAGAGGCGAUGGCCGACACCAUUGACAUAAACUUCCAGAGUGACCUGAUGGCCAUAUUUGAAGAGAACCUGUUCUGAGACCUGGGGGGGAAACGGAGGAUGAUGGGAUUGAGAGACAGACCUUAGAGACUUACAUCAGAAAAUAUACGAAAAUGCAUAUAGACCACAAUGCUCUGAUAUACAUGGUCGCUGCUCAUAUGAAUGCAAACACACACAUACACACACACACAGACACACACACACACGUACACACUUGAUAGUAACUGUCCCUUUCUCUCAGUAGUAGAAACAGCUGGCUCGUGUCAUGUGAAGGGGGGGGGGGUGAAAGAAGAAAACCCUGUCUUCCCUCCGACCGACCUCAGACACGUUCUGGUCUUUAUGGUCGGAGACGGACUCUGAAUUGAUCAGGUUGUCGGCUCCCGCCGGGAAAAAAUAACGACGGCAGAAUGAAAAGGAGGCGACUUAACUUCUACAUUAAAAAGGAAAAAAAAUUAGAAUGGCGAUGAUGAGUAGGAUUUAAUUUAAGUGAACAUUAAACAAACAAACCUUUAUUCUCUAAACGUCUGAUGGGAGAGAAAAGGGUUUGAAAGGAACGGGUGACCAAAUCACAGACGGACACAUCACUUAGUUCUUGUUUCUAUUUCCUUCUCUUUCUAAUCUCUUUGUCUCUUAUGCUCUUAUUUUUACGUUUUUGAAUUUUUUAACGUGUUGGAGUGUUUUGGGGGGGUCGAGUUUGUCAGGUCGCAAGCGGGUCGUCUGAGGAGUCGGCGGUUUUCUCAGGACACGGUGGAAAUGAAACACACACUCUCUCACACACACACACACACACACACACACACACACACAUACCCCGGGCCGCGAACACACACUUUUCUAAGACAUCCUUCCUCCCUUCACGACCUGCUACCGCUCCCUGCCCGCCCAUGACUUGAUGAGGCGGGCAGAACAAAACCGGAGGUGAUGAUGAGGAAGGAACGAUGGUGUUUCAAAAUUAAAAAAUUAAAAAAGUUUCAGUAAUAGAGUGUGUCCUCUGCCUUAGCGCUCUGGCCUGUAAACUACUACACGAUCACGCCCGACAAAUUAUACAUAUUAUAUAUAAAUAGAUACAUGAAUAUAUAUUAUAUACAACGGACAAAGUCGACGACAAAAAACAAAAAAAAACAAAAAAGGACCACGAGAGGAGGGAUUUGGAUUCGCGGGGAGCGAAAAAAAAGAAAAGCUCGUCUCUGUUCAUCUCUACGCUCUGGUUUUUGAUUUUGUAGAAUUUACUGUAAAGAAGAAGACGAAGAAGAAAACAAAAAAAAAACUUUUUUAUGAUUCUAACUACGGAGAGGAUGUUUUUUUUGUCUGUUUGAUUCUCUCUCUCUCUCUCUCUCUCUCUCUCUCUCUCUCUCUCUCUCUCUCUCUCUCUCUCUCUCUCUCUCUCUCUCUCUCUCUCUCUCUCUCUCUCUCUCUCUCUCUCUCUCUCUCUCUCUCUCUCUCUCUCUCUCUCUCUCUCUCUCUCUCUCUGACCUUUCCCCGACUUGGUUCUGUUUGAUUCUCGACUCGAUGCCAAAACCAACCUGUUGAGUGCUGAAAGUUCAUUCGCGUUUUUUUUUUUUUUUUUAACAUGUAAAAUGCGUCUUCUUUUCACUUUAUAUUAAAGGCUACGUUUUUAUUGCUAUUUAAUUUGAUCCUUUAUCCCCCUUUUUAAAACUGAGAAGUCACGCCGCAGGUUUGCUCCGUCACCGUCGCCCAGACGCGGCCCAUCGCUCACGCCGCCGAUCACCCGUCGCCCUGCCGCUGUCACGUAAAUCUGCACUUGCACGUUUCAUCACUUUCAUCUUUUAUUUUUAAUUUUUCGUCCCCCGUGAUUUCCUCUCAUCAUUGACACGUCUGUCUGUCUGUGUUUGUCUUUCUUAGCCGUCUCGCCGUCUGCCACUGUCUUUCUCCACAGCGUCUACAGUCUGUACCAUAGGUUUCCUGUUUGUCCCUUUUUUAGUUUGAACUUUUUUGAAUGUGUUUAUCGUCCAUGGUAACAGUUUUGGGAUGUCGUGUGCCAUUGUGUUUCUUUCUUCUUUUUUUCUGGAAGCGGGAGGUCGUGUCCCCCCCCCCCCGGGCUUCUGUAGGUUGGCCCAGAUAUCUGUGAGUGUUUUCAAUCCUAUAAUCACUUCAUUCAUUUCUUUUUCCCUUCUCAUAUUCGAUUGUUUUGAGUUUCUUUUGUUUUUUUUCCCCCCCUUUGGUUUAUUUUACCCAGGACAACCUGUCGGUAUGUUGGUGAGUGAGGCAUUGAGGUCAAUAGAUUCAUCUUGUUCAGAGUACAACAUUUUUUUAAAGAAAAGUAUUAAAAUAAUCUUUAAAAAAAAGAACUUUAA